AUGACCUCUUACAGCCUUAAUAAUAAUAUCGUGGUGACACAGGAGCAACUGGACCACUGGAACACCGCUCUGGCGGAAAUGAAGUCGCCUCACGAAAUCCUGGUCUGGGCCAUCGCGACGUUCCCACAUUUGUUCCAAACCACGGCUUUUGGACUAACGGGCCUCGCUACCAUAGACAUGUUGUCGAAAAUCCAAACCGAUCGCAUCGUGCCGCUCAUUUUCAUCGACACCCUGCACCAUUUCCCACAAACGCUGUCUUUGCUGGGAAAAAUGGAAGAACGCUACUAUAGGCCCCGCAACCAGCCUAUAAACGUUUUCAAGCCCGAGGGACUCGAUUCCGAAGCAGAGUUUGCUGCAAAACACGGCGACUUCUUGUGGGAGCGUGAUGACACCAAAUACGACUAUUUGGUCAAGGCUGAACCGGCCCAUCGGGCUUACAAAGAGCUGCGUGUCACGGCAAUCCUCACGGGUCGCCGCAAGUCCCAGGGUGGCAGCCGUUCCGCUCUGCGAUUCGUUGAGCUCGACGAGCUCAAUGGCGUUCUCAAGAUCAACCCUCUGGCCAACUGGGACUUUUCACAAGUAAAGGCCUACAUCGACGCCAAUCACGUGCCGUACAACGAACUGCUCGAUCUGGGCUACAAGUCUGUUGGGGACUACCAUUCCACCGUGCCGGUAGCAGAAGGGGAAGACGAGCGGGCUGGGAGAUGGAAGGGUCAGGCCAAGACUGAAUGCGGGAUUCAUGAAACCAGUCGUUUUGCUCAAUUUAUACAGCAGAAAAGCGAAUCUCAAAACUGA